AUGACCACAUAUUGUCCAAGUCCAUGUCAUCUAACUCAGCCCAUAACAAGUCUGUUUCCAUGUCGCGCGUCGCGCGAGCGCAUACCGUUCACCGUAUCAGAGUUACAUGCAUCACUUUCGAAGAAUCAUAAUAGCAAUAAAAAAUGGCUACUAGUUGGUGCUCCUUUAGACAAAAAUCUCCAGCCGGGUACAAAUCAAACGGGUGCACUAUAUCGAUGUCCGAUUACACAGACCCUCAAUGAUUGUGAACAAAUCAUAACCGAUGGACGAAGAUCGCCUGAAGGAGUUUAUGAACCUACAUACGAUAGCGACGAUAUCGAAGAACUGCAGGAGCCAUCAGACGAUGAAAUCAAGGAGGGCCAAUGGCUGGGCGUGACUGUGCGGUCGCAAGGACUCGGUGGAAAGGUACUCGUGUGCGCGCAUCGUUACAUCACCACAGUGUUGGAUAAUCGUUAUGGCCAAGGAUUGUGCUAUGUCUUGACCAAUGAAUUGAGCUAUGAUGAAGUGUAUGAGCCAUGCAAAGGGCGCACUGUGCAAAGAGAACACGAAGAAUAUGGUUUCUGUCAGGUGGGCACUUCAGGCGCACUGCUGGAUGAUGACACCAUGGUGGUAGGCGCACCUGGCCCCUUUACUUGGCGCGGCACUGUCUUUGUUACAGAAAUUGGCGGUGAAUAUUUGGAACGCGAUAAGACAAUGUAUUAUGGUGAUCAUUUGGACAACACAUCACCGGUGGACAAGUACAGUUAUUUAGGCAUGGCGGUCACCGGUGGUCGUUACUUUGGCGAUCGUAUGUCAUAUGCCUCGGGCGCACCCCGUUCCAACGGACACGGUCAAGUGGUGAUUUUUAAUAAAGCCAAUACCAACCCCAUACCCGUAAAAAUGAUACUCGAAGGGGAACAAUUUGGCUCUAGUUUUGGCUAUGAACUCACAACUGCCGAUAUCAAUGGCGAUCAGAAACCAGAUCUUAUCGUUGCUGCACCAUUUUACUUUAAUAAAUCCGAAGGCGGUGCAGUCUACAUUUACCAAAAUGAAAAGGACAUGCUGCCAGCGAAACCAACACUGAAGCUAACCGGAACGGUGGAAAGUCAAUUUGGGCUUGCGCUCGCCAAUAUCGGUGACAUCAACAAGGAUAACUGCGAAGACUUGGCGGUGGGAGCACCUUACGAAGAUGACGGUGUGGUCUACAUCUAUUUGGGUUCCCGCACGGGGUUGAUUAGUAAGCCCGCGCAGCGUAUACAAGCCUCCGAUCUCGGUUUACUGCCAGAUCCGCUAGUCACAUUUGGCAGUUCAAUAAGUGGUGGCACUGAUCUAGAUGGAAAUUCCUAUCCGGAUGUAGUUGUGGGCGCAUAUAAUUCUUCAGCAGUGGUUGCGCUACUCUCGCGUCCCAUCAUUAAUAUACAAACGACGGCGCGCGGCAAUGAACUGAGAAACAUUGAUCCAGCCAAAUCGGGUUGUCUACAUGACGCCUCAACGAAUUUGACUUGUUUCACCUUCGAAGCCUGCUGUUCCAUCGACCCUUAUGAGCCAGCGUCGGCGAAUAAAGAUUUGCGGCUAUUGUACACAGUCGAAGCAGAAACAUUUGGUGGAAAUAAGAAGUUUUCGCGCGUGCUCUUCGAUCGCGACAAUAAGCGUAGCAACGUGGUGAAGCGAGCAGUGACAGUGCGUACCAAUGGACGCAUGGCCUGUCAGCAGGUUACCGGGUACAUCAAGGAGAAUACCAGAGAUAUACAGAGUCCGAUAAAAUUCCGUUUAAAUUAUACAAUUGUGGAACCAAAGUUGCCACGAUCGGGCUUGGAACUAUUGAACCCAAUAUUAGAUCAAACGCAGGCAUUCGUUGAAUUUGAAGGUACAUUCCAAAAGGAUUGUGGUGAAGAUGAUAUUUGCGAGAGUGAUCUUAUAUUGAAUGCGGAACUGGACUUGAAUAUGGAAAAUGAUAACUAUGCUUUGGUAUUGGGCGAAAAGGAUGAGAUGCGUGUCAAUGUGAAUGUGUUGAAUAAAGCCGACUCGGCUUACGAGACACAAUUGUUUGUGGUGCAUCAGAAGAGUGUCUCAUACAUAGCAGCCAAAAGAACGAACUCUGUGAUCUGCAAUCGUUUCAAUGACACAGUGGUUGCCUGCAGCCUCGGCAAUCCAAUGCGGCGUAAUUCUGCCGUUUAUGUGUCGCUGCGCUUCGAUCCCAGUGGCUUGGAAGUGGAUGAGCGUAAGCUGAGUUUUCAUGUGUUCGCCAACACAACGUCCCGUCUUAUUGGUGAUGUCAAACCCGAUACGGAGUUGGAAGUGCGUGUGGUGAAACGAGCUGAACUUAGCCUACAAGGUUGGGCGAAGCCGGAGCAGAGUUUCUAUAGUGGGGAAGUGAAAAAAGACAGCAAAGUUAUGCAAAUGGAAGAUGUUGGCUCGCCACUGAUGCACACAUACCAGAUCUAUAAUGAUGGCCCCUGGAAAGCGCCGAAGGUCGUACUCACCAUCUAUUGGCCACAUCAGCUGACCAGCGAGAAGAGUAAAAAAGACAAAUGGCUACUCUAUAUAGAGGCCAUGCCGAUUGUGGAGAAUGUGGAACUAAGCGAAUGUUUCGUCGCGCCCGAAUAUGUCAAUCCGCUGAAGCUCGCAUCGAAAACGAAGUCCGACGAACUAUUCGAUACACUACUAAUGGCGCCAGCACCGUAUAUGAUGCGGCCCACCAACAAGACGCAAUAUUUCAACCGCUACAGCACGUACAGCGAAAAAAGCGUCUACACAAAACAAAAGGCGCCACAGCGGCCGGGCCUAUACGACGCGGACGCGGACGAUGACGACGACGACGAGGAUCGGUAUUUGAAUCGCGUGCGGCGAAAUACUAUCGAACGUAUCAUACGACCCGAACGCUUCAUGGACAUCGGCGGUGAGCACACCAAUCGAAAACGAGAUAUAGUCGAAUUAGAUUGUAAUAAAGCGACAGCGUCUUGUGUGAAAAUCCAAUGUGAUAUCUAUAAUAUGCCCGCCAAGACCGAAGCGUACGUGCAUAUACGCGCGCGACUGUGGAACUCAACGCUAGUUUCAGAGUAUCCACGCGCCGAUUUAGUGCGCAUUAUGUCGAGAGCGCAAGUAAAAAUACCGCUCGAAUACUCGGUGGAACAGACUGAAGCGCAUAUAUUGGUGGAAACGCGCGCCUACCCCGAGCUGCUCGAUCAGCAACGCGAGCAACCCACAUCCAUAUGGAUUUACAUAGUUGCCAUCAUUUGCGGCCUCAUCGUAUUGGCCGUGGUCGUAUUUGUGUUGUGGCAUCUCGGUUUCUUUAAGCGACGACGACCCGAUCCAACGCUAAGUGGUAAUUUGGUAAAGAAGAGUGAAGAAAAACCAUUCCUGAAUGACGCGACGAGUAAUGGGCGUGGCUUCUAACAACAGGGGACAGUCGGGUGGGAUCUCGCGCAAAGAGCGCCGCCUAAAACACAACGAACAUGCUGUUUAAUAUUAACGCAAAGCGUUGAGCCUGCGAUUGUCGCUACCGCAGCCAACAACAAUAUCACCAACUACAAUAACAACAAUAAUUAUAAUAGUAACAAUAACAACAACAACUUGAAUACAAAUGGCUAUGGUAGCGUGGACUAUAAGCACGCUUGGAGCGGUAAUGGACAAACAGAUGCAGCCGUCAUUGAUUGGGGCUCACAUUGGU